GAAUUUACAAUUUAUUCCCUUUGUUUUCCUUUUUCUUGUAAAUAAUAGUAAUAAUAAUAGUUAUGGGGUGCAGUGUUUCAAGGUUAGAUUCACACGGGCACCCGUUCUCGGCUAGGCUCCGCCCUCUCCUCCUUCAGCGAUUCGAUGAGAUGAAGGCCCGUCGCCAUCAUGUGGGCCACCCUCUCAAGGACACAACCCCUUCCAAGAAAGAGCUUCUAUCUUCGGAUGAUAUCGAUAAAAACACCGACGAAUAUGAGAUUAAUAACAAUCAUAAUAAUAAUGAUGGGCGCUAUAAAGCUCAUGAGGCAAAAGACGAUGAUGUUUUCAUGGAUGCAGAUGAUGAUGUGGAAGAUGAUGAUGAGAGCGAUAGUGAAAGCGAGAGAAGGAUCGGACAUAGAGAAGAGGAUGCAUUUCCAGGCUCUCCUAGUUUUCGUGUUUAUUUUAAGGAUAAUGAAAUAGAGGAUAAUGGCCAUGUUGGGAUUGGUAAGAAUGAUGUCUCCAAGAAAAAGAUGGUCUCAAGAGAAGAGGUAACGUCGUCAAAGGUGUUACCAACGAAUUUGUUGGGCGUGAAAUCUUGCUACACGCCAUCUCAUUCUCAUGCAUCGUCCCUUGACAACUCCCAAUUUCUUGUGGGAAAAACGACCACCUAA